AUGGAAAAUUAUAAUAAGUUUCUUUCUUGCUUGCUUCUUCUCUUUCUUUCUUUCUUGCUUCUUCUCUUUCUUUCUUUCUUGCUUCUUCUCUUCUCUUUCUUUCUUUCUUUCUUUCUUCCUUUCUUCUUCGUGUUUUUUUUGGGUUUUUUUUUGCUUUCUUUCUUAUUUUCUUUCUUUUGUUUUUCUAUCCUUUAUUAUUUCUUUAUUUUCUUUCUUGCUUGCUUUUUUUCUUUCCCGUAUUUUUCUUUCAUUCUUUCUUUGGAUUUUUCUUAUUUUCUUUUCUUGGCCUUCUAUUUUUCUUUCUUUCUUUUUUCUUGUUUUCUUUCUUAUUUUCUCUCUUUUUCUUUCUUCCUUUCUUUCUUAAUUUUUGGCUUGUUUUCUUUAUUUGUUAUUUUUUCUUUCUUUCUUUCUUGUUUUCUUGUUUUCUUUCUCGUAUUUUUCUUUCAUUCUUUCUUUGGAUUUUUCUUUUUUUUUUCUUCUUUCUUAUUUUCUUUUCUUGGCCUUCUAUUUUUCUUUCUUUCUUUUUUCUUCUUUUCUUUCUUAUUUUCUCUUUUUUUUCUUUCUUUCUUAAUUUUUUCCUUGUUUUCUUUCUUUUCUUUCUUUCUUUCUUUCUUUCUUUCUUUCUUUCUUUCUUUCUUUCUUGUUUCUAUUUUUCUCCCUUUCUGUCCUUCUUUCUUACCAGAAAAUAAGUCGGAAUCUUUCCUCAUUUCGAAAACGAGUCUAUUUUUUUUCUUUUUCGUCUUAAGAAUUAGUUUGGAAAAAUAUCCCUAA